AUGGAAGCCAUUGAGAAACUCCGAGCAAAGUGCCUGGAACGUGGGGCAUCCGGGAUCCGAGGCCUGGCCAGGGUUUUUCGACGACUGGAUGCCAACCGGAGCGGGACCCUGGACGCCGACGAGCUCCACCGGGGCCUGGAGGAGAUGGGGCUGGCGCUGGAGCCGCAGGAGAUAGAGCAGAUUUGCCAGCGCUGGGACCGCCAUGGCGACGGCACCUUAGACCUGGAGGAGUUUCUGCGGGCCCUGCGGCCGCCCAUGUCUCAGGCCCGGAAGGACAUCAUUGCGGCUGCCUUUGCCAAGCUGGACAGAAGCGGAGACGGCGUGGUGACCGUGGGUGACCUUCGGGGCAUUUACAGUGGUCGGGACCACCCCAAAUUUCAGAGUGGCGAGUGGACGGAGGAUGACGUGUUCCAGCACUUCCUGGACAACUUUGACGCCGGGGACAAGGACGGGCAGGUCACUGCGGCAGAGUUCCUGGAUUAUUACAGUGGCGUGAGCGCUUCUGUGGAUACAGAUGAAGAGUUCGUGGCUAUGAUGACCAGCGCCUGGCAACUGUGACCAGUGACGCCCGGACCCGAGGGAAGGCAUCAGAGGGCCAGCCUGAGAACUGAGCCAUUCCCUCCUCCCCCACAACGAGCUUUAGUUCCCUCUUUCCCUGCCUCCACCCCAACCAACUCCCUGAGAGGCAGCUAUUGGGGUCACUGAAUUUGGACUCGGGACACAGAUUCCAAUCCUGGCCCUCCUUCUUUCCACUGAUUCAGAGGGUCCAAGGGCUAUUGGCACAGUGAUGGAAGGGAACUCGGAGACCAUCUGUUCCAAUCCCUCAUUCCGCAGAUGAAGUGAUGGGCAACUUGGGGUCACCAUUCAGGCCUUCUACACCACCACAUAAACGGGUUUUGCUUACCUCUAAGGCCCCUUCCAUCUCUAAAAUCCAGUGCUCCCAAGGCUAUUCAAGGAGAGGUGGUUUACGGGGUCCCUCCUCUGUCCUGCUUCCCCCUCCAAUAAGCCUUUCUCCCCUCCCUAGCCAGGUGUCACAAGAAGUCAGCUCUCCCCUCAUCCUCUCAAACUACCCCCGUGUAACCUGUGCUUUUCAAAUGAAAUUCAUGCUCCUCGCUGGCCUCUCUCUGUUGCCCUGUCAUUCAGAAUUGAACAAAUGGGAGGCGGGAGGCGGGAGGCAGGAGGCAGGGAGGGGAGGUUCAUGAAUCUAGUUUCAAGUAUUUGGAGAAAUUUUACAGGGAAGAGGUAAAACUGGCUUUGCUUGAUUGCAAAGGACAGAACUAGAUGUAACGAAUUGGGCAGCUAGGUGGUGCAGUGGAGAGUGCUGGGCCUGGAGUCACGAUGACUCAUCUUCAAGAGUCCAAAUCGGACCUCAGACACUCACUAGCUGCAUGACCCUGGGCAAGUCAUUUAAUAUUUG